AUGUCUCCUUCAAAGAAAUUGUUGGAAGAACACUACCAAGAUUUGGCUACAAAGCCAUUCUUCCCUCGAUUGGUUGACUACAUGAUGUCUGGCCCUGUAUGUGGAAUGGUCUGGCAAGGAAAGGAAGUCGUCAAGACUGGUCGUGUCAUGUUGGGUGCUACCAACCCUCUUGCAUCUGCCCCUGGUACCAUCCGAGGUGAUUUCUGUAUUGAUGUAGGAAAGAACUUGUGUCACGGUUCUGAUGCCGUCGAAUCUGCUGAACGUGAAAUCGCAUUGUGGUUCCCUGAAGGUACUCUUACCUACAAGCGUCACGUCGACUCCCUCAUCUACGAAUAA